AUGAACGGGGUGAAGGGAGAUGGCGGCGAUGGAGCGGGGGUAGUGGGGGUUAGAACGGUAAUGGGGGCGCGAUGGCGGUGGCGGUGGGUCCCUGCGGUGGGGGCCCUUUUGGUUGUGUUCCUCGCGGUGGCAGUGGCGUCGGGGCGCAUCGCCCCUGGGAUGACCCUUUUGGGGAGCACCAUCAGCUCUUGCCCUUGCAAGGUUCGUUCCUGCUUUACUUCUGCUUAUCAUUGGUUGAGUUCCGUUCUUCUUCCCUUCUUUUUCUCUCUGGUGCGGUGGAUGAAUUGAGGGCAUCUCCCGUUGAGCCAUGUUUGCGGGAUUUUGUUUGAAUUGUUAUUUCCGGCUGUGGAAUUGGUCGAUGAUUGCCUUUGAAAUUGAAUGCAAUAUUUGCCCUAAAUACAAUUUCCCAACGGCAAUUGAGUGCAUUCAUCUGGUCUACAGGGUUCCCAGAAGUACACUGGCAUUGUGGAGGACUGCUGCUGUGAUUAUGAGACGGUUGAUUCUCUAAACAAGGAAGUCCUUCACCCAAUACUGCAGAAGCUUGUAACAACCCCCUUCUUCCGAUAUUUUAAGGUAUGCAUGAUCGCCUGGUUUCAUCUUCCGUUCUUUCUGAAAAUACUGUGUGAGUGUUUUCCAUGUAGUGAGUUCUCCAUAAUGUUCCAUCUUGGUCAACAUGUAUAAAUAACUAAAUAAAUGAACCGAAACUGUUUCUUUCUAUCUUGCUUUGUCGAAGCUGGAUGUAAUUUGGUCAGGUCGCAGCUUCUCAAAUCACAUAUGCAAAUAUCUGAACUCUCAAAGCACAUUUUCCAUCAGGUUUGGGGCUUUCAGCUUUCUAAUUAUACAAUAGUCAUUUUUCGGGUGACUGGGUUGAAGUGUCAUCUAAGGACUUGGCUAUCUAAUAUCCAUGUUCAACCAUAUUUGCAUCUUAGCAGCAUGCUGGGAUUUCAGUUUCUCUCAUCAUGAAAGUUGAACAUGUGUUCUUUUGCUUCACUUUAUAUUAUGGCUUGCUGAUUAACGAUUUCUCUACGGUGUACCAUGUCUUCUUAUUUUGAAAUACUCUUCAUCAGAUCCUCCAUUGGACGUGACUUUGGCACAAUAUACAAUGGGUGAAAUAAUUAUGUUUCUUAACAUAGAUAGCUUUUCAUUUCAGGUUAAGUUAUGGUGCGAUUGCCCAUUCUGGCCUGAUGAUGGAAUGUGCCGUCUCCGAGACUGUAGUGUCUGUGAGUGUCCAGAAGGUGAAUUCCCGGAGCCCUUCAAGAAGCCCGUCUCUGGGCUUUCUGCUGAUGACAUGAUGUGUCAGGAGGGGAAACCACAGGCUGCUGUUGACCGCACAAUUGACACAAAAGUGUUUAGAGGGUGGAGAGUAGUUGAUAAUCCGUGGACAAAUGACGAUGAAACUGACAACGGUAUAACUCACUGAUCUUCCUGACCACCACUUCUGCUGUUCGUGAGGGAUGAUAUUUGUGCUUAACAAAGCAGUGUGUAAAUGAUCAUCUCUUUUCAUUGCAGAGGAGAUGACAUAUGUUAACCUACAACUAAAUCCUGAGCGUUACACUGGCUACUCUGGUCCUUCAGCUAGAAGAAUAUGGGAAGCCAUCUACGCAGAAAAUUGCCCAAAAUGUCAGUAACUCAAUCCUAAUACUAUGAGGUUAAUGAACGACGCUGAUAUUAUAGUAGUUGUAAUUUAAUUUCCUUGUUUAUGCACUAUUUAUUUUUCAUUCUGCUAUAUUGUUCACCGGUAUUACUGCUUCUAGAAGAGAAAUUAGUGUUUUUUUGGUGGUUUAUUUUCAAUUAUUUUGUUAGGUUAGCCCUGGGAGGAUUAAUCAGGUGAUGUCAGUGAGUGUUUGGAAGGCACAAAGUGACCCUAUGAUCUUACACCCGUGCACAGCAGCCUUAAUGGUCGUCACUUUGAUUCCUCAUAAAUAGAAGUAAUAGGUUAGAGAAAGAAGAAAAGUCAACGUUAAGAAUAGCCCUGUGUUGGUUGGUGCAAAAGUGUUGCUGUGGUAAGAAAGAUGAUCCAUAAAGCUACAUCCCUCAUUACCCAAUAACUUCAACGGUCAACAAAUUUAUCCUACUUUUAUGUUUGUACCUAGAUUCAUUCAGCCAUCUUUGCAGUUCUUUGCCUUAGUUUGAUCAUUUUGAUCCUCUUCUCCCAUUUCUUCUAUUUUUUUCCAAUGUAAGCACCGUUUCCAAAAUGAUACGAGCACCACAGAAGUUGAUGUUAUAGAAUAUGAUUAAAUGAAUUACAUUGAAAACUCCCAGAAGUUUGCCUUGUAAACUAAAGGGAAGGCUUUUCAGAACACUUAUUUCACUUUCCCAUUGAAAUUCAAGGUAUGCAAAGGGCGAGUGAUACGCCAUUAAACCAAAUUGCUAACGAACAUGAGAAGAAUUAUGUGGCAUGUGAAAUAGUACCAUAAAGUAUGGCGCAUUAUUGCAUAGACUGCAAGGCAGUGGAUCCCACUCGCUUGAUUUCAGACUGGUUACCUGGAUAGGUUUGGUUCGUCAUUGUGACACCCUCAAUUUCAGACUGUAUUCUUUGAGCUUUGAAAUAUGAUUGCGCCCCUCUUCUCCGACUCUUCAACGGGUGUGAAUUUGACAAAAGGUCAAGCUAUCUGAUUAGGUUGAUUUGAUGCAUCAUUAUUAACUUGACUGAUCGCAUUGUCUUUGUGCAUUGUUCGAAUUUUUGCUUCUCCAACUUUCAAUGGUUGAACAGGGUCAAACUAAAACUAUGAUUACAUUUUUCCCAAGGUGUGGUGCACAUUUCUACACAGUGUGAAUUGGACCCGGACUGUCAGUUCCUCAUUUCUUAUUGUUCAUCAGUACUAACUUUUUGAUAUUAUUGACUGGCUACAAUGGCUUACAUUAAACCUGUAAGCAUAGGAAUGUCAUUCAGAAUGUGCUUGAAUGUGAUUUUUAUGUUAAUCAUUUCUGGUGCAUCUAGAAUUUGAUAAUUCAGGAUCAGGCAAGGAUAAGUUUGGGAGUGAUUGGAGUUUACCAGAAGUCUCCAUGGACUACGCUGCAUGCCUCAAGUCCAUUCUAAGAAAAUGAUUGAAAAAAUGUGAAAGAAUCUAACGUUUGACAUUUUCCCCUCAAAUGUGAAAGAACAAAGUCAAGCUUUGUUUGACAAAUGUCUUAAAGUCAUUGACUUUGUUCGGUUUGCAUCUGACACAUAUUAUGUUCGUGGUUCCCAUAACUUCGAUCUUUUUGACCCGCAUUUUGGGCGAAUUAUUGUGUUAUUUAUCUUUUACGAACAUAUCUUUUUGUUCUUGUAAACCCUCUUGUAAACCGCACUCAUCGAAGUCAAUUUUUUUGUUUUUUUUUUUAAUCUUGUUUGAGAUCCAUUUUUCUGCUGUAGUGUUUAUUCUCUUAUGAGUAGAACAAUCACUUCCAUAAAUGCAUGAUAAUACAAAUGUAAUCAUUCUUGAUUCUUUUCUGAUCAUGGAUGCAUUUUAUGUGCUCUAGAGCACAAUCUUUCCAAAGGUUGAGCAUGGAUAUGAAACUCCCUGUGGCCAUUGUAUCUGUCUCAUGAUCAAGAGGGAAACCUUUUACUUCUGCAGACCCUUCUGGAGAGACUUGCCCAGAGAAGAAGGUGCUGUAUAAGCUCAUUUCAGGCCUGCACUCUUCCAUUUCGGUCCACAUCGCUUCAGACUAUCUCGUGGAGGAAGCCAGUAACUUGGUCGGUCGUCUUCACAAAAGCACUCGCCUUUCAUAUCCUGUGGCGUUCUCUGAACCUGUCAUGUUUCACCGGUUUCAGUGGGGCCAUAACCUGGAGCUGCUGAACGAUCGGGUUUUGAGGCACCCGGAACGCGUUAGAAACUUGUACUUCACCUUCCUCUUCGUUCUUCGAGCAGUCACCAAGGUGGGCAGCUCCUUCUUCCCCACAUUAUCUAUUAGCUUCCAGCAUCAACAAUGUUAAGUACUAUUUUUGGAAUGAUUCUUGUUCAUUCUUCCGGCGGUGUCAUGAAUUGACUCUGUGUUUCUGGUCCUCCAGGCGAAAGACUACCUGGAGCAGGCGGAGUAUAGUACUGGGAGCUCUGUGGAGGAUCUGAGAGCGCAGUCUCUGGUGAAAGAGCUUCUCUAUAACCCUAAAUUACAGGCCGCAUGUCCGCUUCCCUUCGAUGAAGCCAAGCUUUGGAAAGGCCAGAGCGGCCCGGAAUUGAUGCACCAGAUUCAGAAGCAAUUCAGAAAUAUCAGGUAAAUUUCUUUCUAUUAAUAGUAAACACAUCUGCAUCAUCAUCACAAAAUCUCUGAUUUCACAUCACUAUAUAAUUCAUUCGAAUAUAUAUAUAUAUAUUGAAGUCCUUAUCUGUACAUCGGCAUGCUGCAGUGCUAUAAUGGAUUGCGUUGGGUGCGAGAAGUGUCGGCUGUGGGGUAAGCUCCAGGUUCUUGGUCUCGGAACGGCUCUGAAGAUCCUCUUCUCCGUAGAUGGUCAAACCCAUCCAGAUCAUCAGGUAAGCUUCUCCCAUGUUUUCUUUUUCUUUUUCUUUUUUUUUCUCCCAUGAUUUGGGUGAAAUCGAAGCUCAUAUAACUUAUCUUAGUUCGAUCAUCGUCUGCAAAAAAAUAACUGGUUGACCUUGUUUGCGGUGCUCAGCUCCAGCUGCAGCGGAACGAGGUCAUUGCACUGGUCAACCUUCUGAACAGACUCUCGGAGUCGGUUAAAUUCGUCAAAGAGAUGGGCCCUUCGGUGGAUAGAAGCCUGAAGAUGAAGAUGCCCUCUCUGAGCAUUGCAUGGGUCAAAGGGUUCUUGCGAUUUUAG